AUGUCCAAAGAAGAAAUUAACCAAUAUCGAUGGGCAUUAAAAAAUUCAGAGAGUCUGAUUAAAACCAAAACAUUCUCAUCUACGUCAAUAAAACGUGAUACAGCUGAAGGAUUUGCCGUUGGAUCGGAUUCGGAUAGAUUCAGCGUUUUAAUAAUUCUUGAAUUUCCUGAGGUUUCAGACAUGGCAAUCAAUUUGGGAAAAAUAGAGAAACAAAAAUUACAAUGUAUUGCUGAAUUUGAAGAAGAGCAGGAGGUACUCAUUCUCCCACAGACGUUUUUUCGUGUCAAAAACAUUGAAUUUAAUACCGAAAAAGACCAGCAUGAAAUUCAUUUACAGAAUAUCUUAGUGAAGAAAAGCUCAUUGCUUAGUGCACUGAAAUUUAUGAUUGUUCGAGACGAAGAACCCAAAUUAAUCGAUUACUAUGUUAGCCAUAAGUUUUGA